UCCGUUUAAAGUGUCCAUGGAGGUACGUUCACUGGAUUGGGUUGGGUCAAGGGCGCCAUAACCAGGCUGGAGGGUACUAAGGAGCAGAAUGUGUUUAUGCUUCUUGAAAAUCGAAUAAAAUGUUACCAUUCAUGUUGAAUCCCUAUUUCCCCCCGUUCCGAAUGGUGUAAUCAUCUGUUGAAGAAACGCGGGAGGCACGUGUGGGGGAGUGGGGAUGAGAGUUGGGUGGUUGACAAAGGAGCAACUCGACGUCUUCACAACCAUCAUUCUUCACCAUGGAUCAUACUCAAAUGCCCGAAGGCUUCCUCUAUGAUCCACGUCCAUUUCUCUUCCUCCUCAACAUCUCUGUAGAAUCAUGGUCAUGACCACCAUCUGCUCUUUCACACUACCCUUUUCCAAACUCCCUCUGCCCUUCUCCUCCGCCAAGCUAACCACCGGGACAACACCAUCUCCACUCACUUCCACCCAUCCCUUUUCUCUCAGUCUCAGAUCCCCUGCGUUUUCUCCGAUUAAGCCAAAUGCCACCGUCUCAUCUUCUCAAUUCGGCGACCAAGGUCUGCAGAUCUCGUCGGACAGUAUCUGCUCCCAACUUCCAAUUCGAAGUUGGUAGCAUUUGGAAGUGGAGGGGUUACUCUAUUCGCUACCAAUGUUCGGGAGACGAUGGCCCUGCAUUGAUACUCAUUCAUGGUUUUGGAGCAAACAGUGACCAUUGGAGGAAAAAUAUACCUGUCCUUGCGCAAUCACAUAGAGUUUAUGCCAUUGAUCUUAUUGGUUAUGGAUACUCGGACAAGCCAAAUCCAGAACUAGUUGGAGAAGGCUUUUAUACGUUCGAGACAUGGGCUUCCCAACUGAAUGAUUUUUGUGUUGACGUGGUUCAGGAUGAUGCAUUUUUUAUUUGCAAUUCUAUAGGAGGAGUAGUUGGUCUGCAGGCAGCAAUUAUGAAACCGCAGAUCUGUAACGGCAUUGUUCUUCUAAACAUAUCUUUACGUAUGCUUCAUAUUAAGAAGCAGCCUUGGUAUGGGAAGCCAUUUAUCAGAUCCUUUCAGAAUUUGCUGAGAAAUACUGCUCUAGGAAAAUAUUUUUUUAGAGCUGUUGCAACCCCGGAGUCCGUGAAGAAUAUUCUAUGCCAGUGUUACCAUGACACCUCCCAAGUUACAGAUGAACUAGUGCAAAUUAUCCUGAACCCCGGAUUACAGCCGGGUGCUGCUGAUAUCUUUCUGGAGUUUAUUUGUUACUCAGGCGGGCCCCUUCCUGAAGAACUUUUGCCUAGGGUCAAGUGUCCUGUAUUGAUAGCAUGGGGUGACAAAGAUCCAUGGGAGCCAAUCGAGCUUGGAAGAAAUUAUGGAAGUUUCGAAUCUGUGGAAGAGUUUGUUGUCCUUCCCAAUGUUGGGCACUGCCCUCAGGAUGAGGCACCUCAUCUUGUGAACCCGCUGGUCGAGUCAUUUGUGUCGGGCCAUGCUACAAGAAAUGCACACAAAUAAUCUUUUAGGACCCAGGAUUGCAAUUAUAGGCUUCGGAAGUAGUUUCUUUAUAAUCAUCUUGAAAUUCCUACUGGACGCCAUCUACGAUUUAGGCCUCCUCAAAAGUGCAACUUGCCACGCAUAGGAUUGCUGCGGCCUGGAUCUCGGAUGUGAAGUCAUUCUAUCUAACCUACACCAUUGCAAGAAUCUUGCUUAAUGCUUCUUCCUCCCCCACCCCACAAACAACAACGUCAUGUACCUUCUAAAGUUUAUGUAACAACGUUUUCCGUUGAAUCAAUUAUAUAGCAAUCUCGUUGACCCAA